AUGGAAAUCCCCAGAUCUGAAAGAGACAAAGCGGACAUAAGAGAAACCAGAGCCGGCAAUGGAGAAUCCCAGCCUAGUAACAGCAUCACCCAGCAAAAUCGAGUUGCAGAGAACGCUGAGCAGCCCCAAGCCACCCCAGCCCGUUCGGUAGGGACUUCAGAGAGGGAGCCACGGGAAAUGGCUCGCCAGCUAAGAAUUGUCCGUGAAACUUUCGGGAUUCACGACAACAACCUAGGGGACAUCGCAACCACUGGACUGCCCCGCGGACCGUUACGCGUUAUGAAUCCUGACCCUUCGCCAGUACCGAGCAGCGGUAGCUCUGAAGUAGAAAGGCACGGAAACACCCUUGGACCCAAUGUCGGCGUGCCUCAGCAUUCAGCCCGACCGAGGGCCAACUCGCAAGACGCACAAAAUGCCGCAGCCAAUCGCCAAUACAUCCAAAGUGCCUUGGAUGCAAUGGAACGUCCGCCGGCUAGGCACCACGGUACCCGCCCCCCGCCGCCGCCGCCGCCGCCGCCGCAGCAUCAUCCGAAUCAUCCCCAGCGCUAUGGUCCUCAUCAUCCGCCUCCGGGCCCGAUGCACCAAGCGCGCCCUCCGCCGGCUCAGCCAAGCCGGUACCGAAGACCUUUAAAUAGCCCUCAGUAUCACCAACCGCUCCAAGCUCCUCAGGGAUUCGGUGACCCUGCUCCGGUUCAUCCAAAUUUUAACGAGUCAUACCACCGCGAACCAGACUAUCAGCAGCGUCCGCCAGUAUACACCCGGGUUCCCCCUCUCCCUGUGCCUCCUAUGCGUCCAGAGGACCGUGAGCGGCUUUUAAACCCGCCAAGGGUCCAAACUAACAUUCCCAGGUAUUACGCUGCGCCAAUCAGAUGCCAAAGAAUCUGGACCUGGAUGGACAAUGUCGAACCUGGACUGCCCGAGGAAGAAGUCGACGAACCACCAUUCCACGAGGAACCUUUCGAUGAUGGCUUGUAG